UUUGAACUGACGCGUGUCUGUAGCAGACGACAAACGUGAAGCAGUGUUAAAAAUGCGGGUGUGCUAAUAAGGAAUGAUGGAGUUAAACAAUAAUAUUAGCAAACCAACAAAACGUUGUAGAAAUAAUUGGAAAGUGAGAUUUAAACAGUGCAAUAUAUCGGCUGUCAUUGGAAUUCCAGUUGCAGCAGCCAUUGUGUGUUACGUGAAUUGUUUGGAGGGUGACUUCCUUCAUGAUGAUCUGUUUGCUAUAAAAUCGAAUCGGGAUGCUAGAGGUGACUCUUCCUUAUCUCAAGUGUUUUAUAAUGACUUCUGGGGAAAAGCUAUGACGGAUAAAACCAGUCACAAAUCAUAUAGGCCCAUAACAGUAUUAACUUUCAGAUGGAACUACUACAUAAGUGAUGGUAAUCCCUACGCUUUCCACGUAACAAAUGUUUUUCUACAUGCUGUCAUGACGGGACUUCUUGUCUAUACCUGCAUGGAUAUAUUCCUACUCCAAAAUCGGGUGUGUCUAAUGGCUGGAAUACUAUUUGCUGUUCACCCCAUACAUACAGAGGCAGUGUCUGGCAUUGUUGGAAGAGCUGACAUCUUGGCUGGGAUUUUCUUUUUGAUAUCAUUUAUUCUACAUAUCAAGAGUCUAGACAUACGAUGGCAGAAGAGCAGUGUCCUCUUCCCAGAGGUACAGAGUGCAGGCCUCUUGUGUGGUAGCCUUGUGUCUACAGGAGUAGCUAUGCUGUGUAAAGAACAAGGGAUCACAGUCCUGGGGAUGUCUGCUCUGUAUGAUAUCCUGGUAUGCUCUAGGCCAGGGCUGGUCAGGAUUUUAGAAGGAAGAAAGUUAUGUGAUGGAUGUGUAUCACUUACAAAAAGGAUGGGUCUUUUAUGUUCUGUGGGUGUAUGUUUCCUUGUGUUCCGAGUGUGGAUGAUGAAUGGACAGAUGCCAUUCUUCCAGUACCAAGACAAUCCAGCCUCAUUUUCACCACAUCUCCUCACCAGGUGUCUGACAUACUCCUAUCUGUGGAUGUACAAUGGACUGCUCCUUCUGUUUCCCUCUACACUUUGCUAUGAUUGGCAAGUUGGCAGUAUCCCAUUGGUUGAAAGCAUCUUUGACCCCCGUAACCUGGCAACCAUUUCAUUUUUCUUUAUGUUGGCUUUACUGAUAUGGCAUUGGUGGAAACAUUUUGAUUCUCAGUCCUCCAGUGAUGUCCUCCUGACCAGCCUUCUCCUUCUGGUGCUGCCGUUCCUACCUGCCUCUAACAUCCUAUUCCGGGUUGGAUUUGUCUUGGCUGAGAGGGUCCUAUAUAUCCCAAGUACUGGCUACUGCAUCCUGAUAUCCCUGGGUGUUCAUCAUCUACUGGAGAGAUUUCCGACCAGGAAAACCCACAUCUUCACCACCUCUGCCCUUCUUAUUCUGGUUCUCGUGGGGAAAACAUGGAACCAGAACUACACCUGGAUCUCUAGGGAGUCCCUUUUCAGAUCCGGAGUGAAGAUUUUGCCACACAAUGCCAAAGUUCAUUAUAAUUAUGCUAAUUACCUGAAAGACAAAGGGUCACUGGCUGCUGCAACCGAUCACUACCAGGUGGCAGUCAACUUGUACCCAGACAAUCCUAGUGCCCACAACAACUUAGGGACACUGCUGUCCAACAAAUCUCAAGCUGAGUACCACUUCAGACAGGCUCUGGCUCUGUGUGAGGACCACAAAGGGGCUCAUGUUAACCUGGGCUCAUUGCUGUUUAACAGAGGAGAACGAGAGCUUGGUGUAAGCCUUCUACAGAGAGCUCUUGAGAUUGACCCCAGCUACAAGGAAGCCUUUGUAGCUCUAGCUGGUAUGAUGGUGGAAACCCAGAACUGGAAUGAGGCUGACCGACUGUUCCAGUCAGCAAUGUCCAACAACCCCAUGUCUGCUCAGGUCUACCACAACUACGGUACUUUUCUACACAGAAGAGGAGAGGAAACAAGAGCACUAGAGUUUUAUCAGCGGGCCCUGGAGGUGGACCCUGGCCACAUCAUCUCAAUUGUUGAUACAGCCAGAUGUCUAAAGAACCAGGGAAGACUUGUCCAGGCAGAACACAAGCUCAAACAAGCCCUGAAGAUGGAAAAAGACGAUGCUACCUUGGACAUGCUAGGGGUUGUCUACUUUGAGAUGGGACGUAGCAGGGAAGCAAUUAUUUUAUAUGAAGAUGUUCUAAAGGACCGUCCUAACAAUACAAAUCUACUAUUCCAUUAUUCUCAGGUGUUGGCAAAGAACUUGGAGUUUGAGAAAUCUGAAGCUGCUUUACUCCAGGCUGUACGACUGUCUCCAAAUAGUAUAGAGAUCCUCACUCAGAUGUCCAAGAUCCUUGGACAGCAGGCAAGACACAAAGAGGCCCUAACCUACCUUGACCACGCUAUCACUGUAGCCCUGCGGACAAAUGAUAAACAGGCCCUGAUGGACCUCUUCCUUCAACAUGGUGAUCAUAACAAAGACAUGCAACAGUACUCUGCAGCCAUCAAGAGUUUCAAUGAAGCCUUGAAACUAGGAGGAAACUCUCCCAAUGUCCAUCUCAAUCUAGGAGCUCUGAAUCAUAUACUGGGAAACUAUACAGAAGCUAAACAUCACUAUUUACUGGUGCUGUCCAUGGACCCCAAUCAUACUAUAGCUAAAGACAAUCUCCAAAAGCUGGAGCACCUCCUAAGUCAGGAGAGAUCUCACUUGUAAGGGGAGAUAAUCCAUAUGUCCAGCUGCUCAAAAUUUACAUGGCAAACAAUUGUUGUAUAAAUGCCUUUUAAAUGCUGUGUUGAACUGUUUGUAUUAUAACUACAAUAUUGUGAAAGGAUACAGCUCCUAUAAAUGAUCUUCAAAGUUUAUCAAAUGAAAAUAAGGUUAUGUUUAAACAAUUAUAUAAGUACAUAAUUUGUAUGUAUAAUCUUUAAGUCCAGUUUGUUUAAUUAUACAUUUGUGAAUUAAGAUCCUGUAAACGUAAAUACAGGAUACAAAGGGAACAAACAAAGGAUUAUUGGUGCAUAUCCUUGUAUUGGUUUUAUGUAAAAUAUAUAUACACGUAUAUAUUUAAUUUUUUUUUUUUUUUAUUUUGAUUUAUCAGUGAUACUUUUUGGUCAUUUAUAUGACCCAUAGUUUUUGUUUCAUUAAUUUCAUUUAUCAUAUACAGUCUGUAUGUUGGUAUAUUUGCUCUAGACCUCCCUUUUGUUUAUAUGUACAUAUGUAUACACUGUAUUAUAUUUUCAAAUCCAAUAAACAUUUUCUUUGUCAAAAUUUUAGUAGGCAAAUAAUUCAUAUAUAUAUCAACAUUUUACUGUAUAUUUUCAAAUUUCCAAAGUAAAUGUCUCAAUCUGUCUUUGCUUGCCCACUUUCCAUGUAAACUUUCCUCAUCUUACAAUAUUAAUGGCACCAUUAUUGUAAGUCAAUGUUACACAUAUAUAAGCCGAUCUUGUCAUAUUUACUAUGUCUCAAAACUACUUCAUAUUUAAAAAAAAAAAAAAAAAA